AUGGCUCGAGAGCAUAAUUUAUCUAUUGACAUAAAUGCCGCAUCCCAAAGUCAAAUAAUAACCAAACUUGAAGAAGAUAGUGAUGUUAGUAGUUUAUUAUCUCCAAUUACCGAUGAAGAUAUCGAACCUGGUCUAGUUUAUGCGUUACGUACUUUUACAGAAACAGUAGAAGGUCGAGCCAAAGUUGAAAAAGGUGAUUCACUAAUUUUAUUAGAUGAUUCGAAUAAUUAUUGGUGGCUAGUUAAAAUCUUGAAAAAUGGAGACGUUGGCUAUAUGCCUGCUGAAGAUAUUGAGAUGCCAUUUGAAAAAUUAGCAAGAAUAAACAAGCACAAAAAUGUCAACUUGACAAUACCGAAAAAUAAUAUUGAUGAUAAUCUAUCUAUAAAACAAACAAAAAUAAAAAGUAAAGUCGUUAUUUUUACAUCUCCUGAGUACUUUGUUUGCGGAGAUGAUAAUGAAGAUGUACAAGUAAUUGAAGAACAAGAACAACAAACACAACAAGAGGAAGUAACGAAUCAGGAAGAUAACAACGAAACUCAAAUAGUAGUAGCUGAGGCUAAAGAAUUAAAUAUACAACAUACCGCAAGUGCUACACCAACGUAUCAAAAAGUUGAAUUAACACCCAUGAAAACCUUAAUAUUAACACAGACCAAUGAAAACGAUCAACAAAACAUUGAGACUGAUAUCUCAAAUGUCCCAUCUGAUCAACAAAAUGAUGAGUCUGUAAGUUAUAAAAUAAAAUUGAGAAAACAAACUGGAAUAUUUAAUUAUGAUAUGAAAAAGGAUAAUCCAAUAGAUUUGCCUAGUUCUGCUUCAAAAACUUUAGAUAUUUCAAAUUCACCUCAUGAAAUCAAUGAAAUGUCACUAAUGUCACAUUUGGUUAAAACUAAAUUUUUUGGUAGUAGUUCUGGAAAAACUAGCCCAAUAUCCGAUGAACAUAAUAAGAAUACAAUAGUUGAAACAUCUGAUGAGAAAAUUCAUAAUAGAGGAAAGAAAGAAAAAGAAAAAAAGGAUGGAAUAUUUAAGAAUUUCUUUAAAAGAAAAAAGAAGAAAGAUGAUAUUCCAUUUAAUUCUAUUAAACCGUUAAAUAAUUCUUAUGAUCAACUUCAAAUGGGUUCUUCAAAACAACCAUUUCAACGAUCACCGAGUCUAAAGCGAUCACAACAACGUACUAUUAAUCAAACAAAUUUAAAUCCUACAUAUAGCGUUCUUCGUAUUUAUCCAGGUCAAAAUAUACAAACCGAGUUUAAAUAUAAAACUGGUUUAUUAAGUCCAAAAACAACUACUAUAGCACUUAUUAAACAAGCGAUUCAUCGGUUUAAAUUAGAUGAUGAUUAUUGGGAUAACUAUUAUAUUUCUAUAAAAGAAAUAAAUAGAAAAGAAAGACAUUUAAUGCCACAUGAUCACCCUCUUGAAAUUUUUAAUUCGAUAGCUUCUUAUUAUUCAACUCCAUUACCAUCUGUUCAAAGAACUUCGAUAUUAUCAAUUUCAUCAGAUCUUUCUAAUAUAUCAAACCAUGAAGCAAUUAAUAAACUACAAAUACAAGAUAGCCAAAAUACUGUUUUUCUAUAUUUGAAUGGAAAAUCAAAACCGCUUAAGGAACAAAUUACUGAUAUCCAUAAUACUUUCCCAUCAACGGAUUUAUCAACUAAACCAAAGAACAUUGUUAUCAAAAAUACUUUCCCGUUAACUGAAUUACCAACUAAACCAUCGUUUAAGGAAAAUAAUUGGGUAUUAUCAAAUGACUUUGGAUUACAAAAUCUUUUAGCCUAUGUUAGAUCUGACUUAAACAUCGAAAGGAGAAGAAGCGGAUGGCAUCUCCAGGAUCCUGAAGAAAUUCUUGAUCAAGUUAAAUCUACGGAAAUUAGAGAUGAUAUUAGGUCUAUAUUUGAAAACGUGAAUAAUGAGCUUGAUAAAUUGGAAUUGGAACUUAAUCAAAUAAUGGUUGACGUUGUAAGAGUUUUUUAA